CAACACCGUCGCGCUCUCAACCAUGGAGACCAUCGAGCAACUAGACACUGAUAUCAGCGACCUUCACACCCGCAUCGCAACCCUGCGUGCCCACCGCGCAAACCUAUCCUCAAUCCUCCUCUCGCAACCCCACCUCGCAGCGCGUCUCCAACCCGGCAACCAACGCGACAAACCAACAGAAACCGCACAGCGCCUCAUCAAGCAACAAUCCGCACGCAACCUCGAAAACAUACAUCGUGCCUGUGCCGGCGUAACAGCCUACAAAGUGCAAGAUCCCGACCCGCACGCGGUAAACAACGGCAACAUACUCGGCGUGCGCAUCGAUGUGUCGAUCGGCGGCAAGUUCGUCGAGACGUACCACGUCCUACUCGCCUUCCAGGAGCGCGAGAGUGAGAGCGACAAGGUGCUGCGGAUACAUAAACACACUAUUCCGCCGUGCAUCCCUCUCCAACAGCUGGCAAACAGGUGGUUGCCAAGUAGCAGUAAAGACGUCGAGGACGCCACGCAUCCAGAGCAGGAUCUCGUGCACUUUGGACGGUCGCUUCGGAAAGAGCUGGUCGGAUGGCAUAUGCGCGUGCAAGCCGUUGAAGACCUGAGGAAAGAGGCAGGCUUGCCCGAUUCGCGGUUGAAAGGAGACGGGCAGGAUACAUUUGGAAUUGAGUCUACAGCCGGGAUUCUGAAUGCAUUUGUUAGCGACGACGAUGCUAGCUCAGAUGCUGAAGAGGCGGAAGAGGAGGAGGACGGAAUCAUUCGCAUCCUCGAUAUCGAGUCCGACGCUGCGGUUAGACAGGUCACUAUCACUUGGUCCGAUAGACGGACGGCAGUCAUAAAUAUCAACAAGGAUGGCACGGUCGAGAAAGCUGUGUGUCGGACGAAGGGUGGGGGUCGCGAUGUGGCUCGUAGCAGGAAGGCUGUUGGGCCGUUGAGGGGGCUGGUGCAGAGAUUAAUGGCGUAAGAGAGAAGUCACCGACAUCCCAAUAUGCGAGGAUGAGCAAAAAGGCGUUUGGGAUAAUGGAUAAUUGGAGCUGGCGUUAAGAGGCUUUAGGGCUUUUGUUUGUGAUACCCGCAUUUUGCAACGCGUUAUUUAUGAAUCAAGAAUUAGGCGUACAUGUACUGAAUGGAUUACAUAGUCGAAAAAUAGAACUUUGGUCAGAGAAUAC